UUUUGGCAAUGACUGAAGAUAAAGAAUCUGGCUUCGACAAUUUCCAUGGAUGCUACUUACUGACCAAUGGAAGGCGCACAUACGUAGGAUAUACAGUAAACCCUCUGCGCAGAAUCCAGCAGCAUAAUUUGGGUAGAGAAAAGGGUGGGGCUAAAAAGACGGAAAACAAGGGACCCUGGACGAUGGUGUUGAUAGUCCAUGGCUUCAUGAGUAACAUGGCUGCCCUGCAGUUUGAAUGGGCCUGGCAACACCCCCAGUUGUCCAAAAGGGUCAGAGAUAAAGUGGUGUGUUUGGACCAGAACGGUAGUCGGAAGCAGACUUUAGACUACCAGCUGAGGGUUCUCGCUGUUCUACUGGCAAGCGAACCCUGGAAAGUGCUGCCACUUUGUGUGCGAUGGGUGACACCAUCGAUGAGGAAAGCGUCACUUGAAAAAGAGAAAGAAAUACCAGGCCAUAUUGUGUUUAAGGAAGGCCCUUUCGAAGAUCCGAAGCAUUUCAAACGCAGUGCAACCCAGUCCAAACAAAAGCGUGAAAUGAUAUUAACUCUAAACAGUUGUGUCUUUUGCGAUUCUAGUUUGUGCGAUGAAAACGAAAACUUUGCCUUUUGCCCCGUGUCGAGUGAAAAUGGUGCUUUGUCCAUCUCAACUUGUCAAAUGCAGGCUCACUUGACUUGCUGGGCGGAAGAUUCACUAAGUAGGGCUGGGUCUACGACACUCGUUCCAAUAACCUGUCAUUGUCCGAAGUGUAAACGGAGUUUCUUAUGGGGCGAUGUGAUUACAUACAAACUGAAAGUGGAAUCAUCAGUGACGAAGAAAUUGUUAAUUGAGCAAAAGACGAAGAAUAUGCAAAGUAAACUUGACGAUAGCUUAGGUGAUUUGUUGAAACUUCUUGAUGAAAGCUAAAAUUGAUCCGAAUUUUAUCUAGUAGAUUAGUUUUCGAUUUGGGUUUGUCAAUUGGUUGAAUUGUUUAUUUUUUAUUUUAUUUUGUGAAUGUAAGUUAAUGUUAUGGUCAAAUUAUUGAAGUGGAUGUCACUGGAUUAUUAGCUCUCUCUUGUAUUUAUACUUCUGGUUUUUCUGUUGCUGUUGUUGCCGCUCUCAAAACAAACAUUAAAUCAGCUCCGUAUAAAAAAAAUUGGACUUGAAAAUGAAAGUCAUUGCGAGAAAAAAGUGUAGCCUCAUUUGGCAAUUGGAAACACAGCUGUUUUUUUAUUCAAAUGUUUGGUUGAUGAUAUUGCU